AAAUAAGUAAGGAAGGAGAGAAAGAGGGAGGAAGGUGAGGUGUUGUCGCCGUUGGCUCACCGCUCCGCGCUCUGCAGCCGGUGCGGAGGAGGGGACAGCCCCCGUCAGGCGUCCCGGCAUGCUGAAAGUCACCAUGCCCUCCUCAUCCUCCUCGUCCUCCUCGUCCUCGUCCUCCGGCUCCUCGGCCGGCGGCCGCCCCGGCUCCGCCGCGCCCGACUACUGGAUCGAUGGCUCCAACAAGGACACCCUGGCUCACUAUUUCGAGCUGGAGUCCGAGCUGGGACGUGGGGCUACAUCCAUUGUCUACAGAUGCAGGCAGAAAGGGACCCAGAAACCUUAUGCCGUCAAAAUGUUGAAGAAGACAGUAGACAAGAAAAUUGUCCGCACAGAAAUUGGAGUUCUUCUCCGCCUUUCACAUCCAAACAUUAUAAAAUUGAAGGAGAUAUUUGAGACCCCUACAGAAAUCAGUCUUGUUCUGGAAUUGGUCACAGGUGGAGAACUAUUUGACAGGAUUGUGGAAAAGGGUUACUACAGUGAACGAGAUGCUGCUGAUGCUGUUAAACAAAUUCUGGAGGCUGUUGCUUACCUGCAUGCAAAUGGGAUUGUGCAUCGGGACUUGAAGCCAGAAAAUCUACUCUAUGCAACUCCAGCUCCAGAUGCACCACUAAAAAUCGCUGACUUUGGACUUUCUAAGAUUGUGGAAGAUCAGGUGACCAUGAAGACAGUUUGUGGAACUCCAGGGUACUGUGCACCAGAGAUACUGAGCGGAUGUGCCUACGGCCCUGAGGUGGACAUGUGGUCCCUGGGAAUUAUCACCUACAUUCUACUUUGUGGCUUUGAACCAUUUUAUGAUGACAGGGGAGAUCAGUACAUGUUUAAGAGAAUCCUGAACUGUGAAUAUGACUUUGUGUCCCCCUGGUGGGAUGAUGUGUCUCUGAAUGCCAAGGAUUUAGUUAAAAAGUUGAUUGUUUUAGACCCCAAGAAACGCCUCACCACUCUACAGGCUUUGCAGCACCCAUGGGUCACAGGGAAGGCAGCAAAUUUUGCUCAUAUGGACAACGCACAAAAGAAACUUCAAGAAUUCAAUGCCCGGCGUAAACUUAAGGCUGCAGUAAAAGCUGUUGUGGCAUCAACGCGCCUUGGCAGCGCCAGCAGUCACAGUGCACAUGACAGCAACAAGCCCAGCCACAACCCAUCUCCCGUCCUCGGUGGCAAACCUGAAAAGAAACCCACUCAGGAAGCAGAAACAGCUCCAGAGGAAAUGUCUUAGGUCAAUGUGCUUCCUCAUGUCAAUGGAGAUCUGUCAUUUCACACACCAGCUAAUUUGUCAUUAAGCAAGGAGAUUCGUAAGCUUGGCCUCUCUGGUUCUGCUUUGGGGUGCCAAAUGCUCGGGCUGGUGAUCCUACCUUCAAUGCAUGUGACUGCUUAUGAAAAUAGUAAACUGUUCCAUAAGGCAUGUCAUGGAAACAGUGUAAUUUGCAGUAAUACCGACAGGUGAAAAUAUGGGGAUGAAUACUACCUACCAUAACAUGUAUGCUUCAUAUACAUCUAUCUAGAUGGCACUUGAAACAAAAUGUUGUUUCCUUUAAUUUUAUGGAAGUAGUUGUCUUAUCUGUGUUGUGAGUUUCUUUGGACUGUUUCUUUCCAGAUCCAUAGUCCUUGAGCAGACAAAAUGGAAGGAAAUACCAAACCAAUGCUUUUAAAACUGAUGUAUGAAAUAAUGCUUUUUAUAUGUAAAACUGAAAAAGUAUUUGGGGAUUUACAUGCAAAAAAACCAUUCCACUACUUCUGGGAAGAAAUUGAAAUGUUAGUUCCACUGGGCGUGAAAAUGUACAUUGCAUUGAGAAUGCCUUAUUCAGAUUUUUCCUCUUUAUAUACAAUAUUUUAAUAAUAACCAAAAUUACUCACAUUUCUGCCAUUUAAUUCUGUAGUAACGUGUUAGUGAAACAAAAUGGUAGACUAAACAAGGAUUAGAGCAAAUGCAAAUUUUUGACACCAUUAUAUUUAUUAAUUGAUUUCUAAACUGUGCAGCUAGAAGAUUUUUUAUAGGGCCUGAGGGAGUAAUCUGCAACUUAAUAAGUUGUAAAUGCUUAAAGGAAGCUAUUCUAUGGCUUACUGAUUUUACUUUGGGGAAAUACUCUUGUCUGGGAGCAAGUAGUAUAAUCUAGUUGGUUCCUGGGUAGUUUAACCUCAGGAGUAACCAGUUUCUAUUUGUCAACAUAAUCAGUACAUAUUUUCCUUAUAAAGGACCCUCCUUCAUGUAAAGUGAUCCACCAGCACAGAUCUUGCAUCCACCCAGAGCUCCUGUGUCUUAUGUUAUCAGCUGUGUGCAUCGAGCAGCUUGCAAGAGUAGGGUCAGGCUCUUCAGCUGUCUUGAUGUUUUUGUUGAAUGUCAUUGAAAGGAAGUGAAAAAUUAACACGAAUCAGGAUGUGUGACCAUUUAUACUUGUUAUCAGUUUGACAGCAUGUGACUGUCAUAAGGUUAUGAUACAGAAACAGCAAAAAGAACCUGACGUACAACAAUAUCAUUUGUGCUCGUUAAACUUUUUAAUACUGAUAUUACCUAACAUCCUAAUACACUCAACAUUCCUCCUUUGCUUUCGUUGUUUUUAUGUUGAUGUUAGGCCUUGAAUAACUUGUUUUGAAAAAAUAUAUCAGCUACUGAAAAACCAAUACUUCAAUAAAACAUUCAGAAGCUAUAUUUCCUAAUUAGAUUAAAAGGUAAUAAAAUGUUAUUCAGAUGGUAGGUUUUAUAAAUAAAAUGUGCUCUAGAUUAAUAAAUAAA